AUGAGUCCCGAGGAGCCGCCCGCCCUGCGAGGGAACCCCAACGACCUGCCGGACGACGCGCCCGUCGUGAGAGCCGCCGUGGCUGAGCUGCGGCGCCGGGCCGAGGCGGAGCACGUCCGGCCCUGGCCGCUCGCCCUCUCCGACGCCUUCCUGGCCCGCUUCUUGCGGGCGCGAGACUUCCAGGCCGACCAAGCGUGGAAGUUAUUGAAGAACUAUAACAACUGGAGGGCCGAAUUCCCAGAGUUAAGUGCAGAUCUACGGCCUUCCUCCGUUUCCGGACUUCUGAAUGCUGGUUACCACGCAGUUCUAAAAGAGAGGGACCCAUCAGGGAGUAAAGUUAUAAUUUAUAGAAUUGCACAAUGGGACCCAAAAAUGUUCACAGCAUUUGAUGUGUUUCGUGUAAGUCUUAUCACAUCUGAACUUAUUGUAAGAGAGAUAGAGACACAGCGGAAUGGAGUCAAAGUUAUCUUUGACCUCCAAGGAUGGAGGUUUGCUCAUGCAUUCCAGAUCUCUCCAGUGGUGGCCAAGAGGAUUGCUGCUGUGCUUACAGAUUCCUUUCCACUAAAGGUUCGUGGCAUCCACUUGAUUAAUGAGCCUUUAUUCUUCCAUCCAGUCUUUGCUCUAAUUAAGCCCUUUCUUUCUGAAAAAAUCAAGGCACGGAUCCAUAUGCAUGGGAGUAACUAUUUACAGACUCUCCAACAACAUUUUCCCAGGAUUCUCCCAAAUGAAUAUGGUGGUGAGGCGAUCUGUAUGGAAGACCUCUCCCAGGAGUGGACUGACUUCAUAACAGAAUCUGCAAGUUAUCUUCAGAGCAUUUCUCAAUGCCCAUAG